AAAUAAUUAAUUUAUGAUGGAUGCGCAUGAGCGUGGUUACGCUGAGCAAUUUAGGAAGGAAUCAGAGUUUUGAGAUGAAUGUGAUGGAAGAAGAUGUGAGAAGUGGAUAGCUACUGUGGCGGUGUUAUUGGGGGUUUGAGUUUUAUUGCAGGUUUUGUUGGGUAUAAGCACGUACAGAUUCUUUUAGGACCUUGAGGAUAAGGAGGAAGUUGCUGACGAUUUCGUCAGUUUUCUUGAAUCUCACUGUGUUUAGUAGAAUAUAUUAUUAUAUUAACGAGAUUAUAGCAAAAUCAGAGGAUUGAAUAUUUAGCCAAAAUUUAUGCCGAGAUGGUAUUACUACAAACUUUUCCAUCUAUUGCCUCCUUGCUUCAUUCUCUUUUGGCAUUCUCAAUUGGUUGAACCAAAUCAGGGAAAUUAAAAAGUAUAACCAAACCACCAAAAAGUGUCUAUCGACACUCCUCAAGAUCUGCAUUGCCUUGAUCAUGAUCAUCUUUAUUAUUCUGUUCUCCUUAACAGCAUUUUUCUCAUGUUAUUCUUCAUUUCAUAGACAUGCUGAUAUUCUCGAAUACAUCACCCAGUUCAUCAUCAUAGUAUGUUUUUACUUAAUCUUCAUUGUGUAUCCAGUUGCAGGCUACUACUUUUACAAACAACUAAAGCUUUUCUGAAUAGAGAAGGCCUUGCAGAUGAAAAAUAAGAUAAUACUGACAACGAGUUUAUUCAUGGUUUCGGUAUUUACAAGAGCUACUUUUAAUAUUUUCUCAAUGAUAUACCAUCUGGAUGAUAUUUUUGAAAAGAGAGGAAUCUGAUGUAAUACUACUAAAUUUCCUAUUGUUAUCGGUCUUUACCUAAUUAUCACUGAGUUCUUGCCUAUUAUCUCUCAGAUCCUUAUGAUGAACAUAUUAUCAAAGAGCUUGAAAUUCUCAACAGAGCCUUCACCGAAUUCUGAAGCUGAUACAAUCACUAAAAGUCUUAUAGAGGAAAAUGACACUUUCAGUGACUCAAGUCAUCACAUAAGUAGUAGUCUCCAAGAAAGUGUAUUACUAUGAAGUAACAAGUCCGAUUUUUAUACAGAUGAAUCAUUGAUGCGGCAAGAAGGACUUUUAUAAACCGAAUCCACAAGUUUCAAAACAAAGCUUGUC